GAUGCUACCUCGCACUCAGCAUAUCAUAGUCAUCAACGCUUCAUAAAUAUUUUUAAACCAGCAAACAAACAUCAAUAGUUUAUCUUGAAAAUAUUGUAAUAUUAUUGAAAAAUUAAUUUUUUUUAAUUUUAUUUUUCAUCGGUAAUAGUUAAUUAAUUAUCAAAAAAACAAGCAUGUGGUUUACAUUGACAAGUGUAUUGUUGCUGGCGACAUUUAUCUCAGCACGACCAGAACCUCCAGUUGACCAGUAUUUACCACCACUAGAUCUACAAUACGGACCACCAAAUAGAAAUCCAACUGAUUUUAAUGGACAACCUGGUCAAAAUAAUAAUAAUCAAUAUUUACCACCAAGUCAACAAUAUGGUCCACCAGGUGGUUCACAAAAUUCUGGAUAUGAUGAUAAUUCAAAUAAUGCACCAGCAAAAUAUGAUUUUGAAUAUUCAGUAAAUGAUCCAGAAAGUGGUAAUGAUUUUGGACACAAAGAAAGUCGUGAUGGUGAUGUUACACGUGGUACAUAUUAUGUACUUUUACCUGAUGGAAGAAGACAAACAGUUGUUUAUAUUGCUGAUCAAAAUGGAUAUCAACCAGUUGUAACAUAUACGCAAGAAGGAUCUGGCAUUGGUGGUGGAGCUGGUAAUGGUUAUCCAAGUGGAAACAAUGGUUAUCAAUAUUAGUUAUCAUAAGAUAAACAUGGACAACAAUAUUUCGAAAUUAUUUCUACAUCAAUGUUUUAUUUUUUUUUUUUGAAUCAAUAUUUUUUAUAAUAAACACAUUUUUGGUUUUUU